UGUGUAUUAAUGAACACAUUAGAUUAAUACAGCUUAAAUUGUUGUUAAUAUCAAGAUAUUUUUAUACAUUCAACAUGAUAGAUAUCGCAAUCAAUUUGUACAUAUAAUGAUAAUCUUUUGCCAGGUAAGAUAAAUUGGAUAAACUGAAAGGUUUACUCAGUUACAACUGUGUCAGUUGAUACCUUUGAUUGUGAACUGAAAUUCAAUUAAGUUCACAAUGUAAAGGCAAACAAAAGUCAAGCCAAAGUCUUGAAAAGGCUCAACCGAGAAACCCAAUCAACUGCCGAUAAAACAAAGUCAACCAACAGGCCUGUUACGAGUGCAACCAGUCAACCUCCUGUGUCAACCUUUUGACUCAACCUAACCAAGUCAACCUCCUAAGUCAAGCUUACAAGUCAUCUUAGCCAAGUCAACCUACAAGUCGACCUACCAAGUCAACUGGUCAUAUGGAUCAAGGUAAUCUUCAUGAUAUGGAUAAACCAACUGAAUCAACUGGUAAAAGAAAUGAAUUACCAGCUGAAACAGUUUGUAAUUUUGAUUCAAUUGAAUUAACAUUUCCCUAUUAUGAUAUGUACAGUGUUACAUGCAAUUACAUCAAUUCACAAUAUACAUCAUCUUCACCAUCCUUUGCACCUUCACCAUCAAUGAAUCAACCUGAACAACAACAACAACAACACCAACCAUUAACAUCUCCACCCAAUGAGACAUCAUUUAAUGAAAGUGACUUGAUUAAUGGUAAUUCAGAUUUCAUUGGAGAAUCCAAUUUUCCAUUAAAUCAAAUUGAACCCAUACUAAUAAGACCAACAACGUCUAACUCUUACCCAAACCAAGUGUACAGCCAACAAUUUACCCAGCAACACCACCAUCAACAGAUGAGUUUACCAACAACAAGUGAUUACAGAGAAACAGGAUCACAUGAAUUAACAUAUACAACUAAUGGUAACCAUGUUAAUUACAAUAAUACAGUAAAUGAAACAUUAUGGUCAUUAAAUACAGAAAAUUGUUCCUCAUCAUCAUCUUCACCACAAACAGAACAACUAAAUGAACAUCGUUCUAGAUCAUAUUCAUUUUCCCAUUAUGAAUCAUCAUCAUCAUCUAACCUAAAUAAUCAUCAUAACCAUCAUAAUCAUUAUCCCUACAUUUGCCCAUACUCAUCAAUGGAAACACCAACAACUGAACCAACAACAGGAUCAACCUUACCAAUCGGUUCAUUCAAUCAGAUUCAACAUUCAAAUGUUUACUCAACACCAACUCUAACCUCAAACCCAAGUACAAACAAUUGGAACUUUAACCGUCCAUUUGCCAGUCUAUCAUCCAACUCGUCCUGUUCAACCUCAAUAUCCUCACUAGCCUCAUCAGCUUCAUCCACAGCCGAUCAAGACUAUCUAUUUACCAUAGACGAUGGUGACCUAUCAUCAUGCUCAUCCUCAGCCUCUUCCAAUUAUUCCUCUUCUUCCUCCUCAAACCUAACCCGAGCACACCGUAAACGAAUCAACCUAGACGACCAGUCACGUUCCCAUCGAGGUCACCAUCGAGGUAAACUGACCAAAAAGGAAAAGCUGGACAAAAUGAUGUCGGAAGAUAAACGCCUUGAAUCGGAAAAUAGCAUUCUCAGGGAACAGAUUCGAGUAAUGGAACAUCAGUUUAAAAUUUUACAAACCAAAAUAACCAACAUUUUGAUUGAUGCAGCCAAAAAAGAGGGUUAACCCAAGUUGGCCCAAUUGCAAUGGGAGCCAAAAAAAGUGGCCAAAAAGCGCAGUUUACCUAAAAAUGAAACAAUAAAAAUAUGUCUUUAAAUGAUUCUUUAUUUUCCUCUUCGUCUUCAUUGAAAAGUUGCCAACUCAUGGUCAAGAGUCUGAGCCAUGAUCAAACAUUAUUGAAGGCGAAAAAUGAUUCAUUGAAAUAAUCAUUAAACUGAUCCAAUGAUCAAAGUUGACUUCACCUUUUACCUUUGCAGACCUUUUCCAAUCAAAUAGUAAUCAUUAUGUAAAUAUGGCAAAUUAACCAGGAAAGACUUGUCGACUUGAUGAUGGCCAUUAAUUAACAAUAAAGGUUAAUUGAUAUUCAA